CACACUUCAGGUGACACUUCAUUUUUGUGUUGCACAAUGUAAGUUGUGUUUCUGUAAAAAAGAAAGUACUGUAUGCUUUUUCUAGGUACUGUGUGAAAGAAAGCAGACAAAUUGAAGUCUUGUUCCAAGAUCAUUAUGAGCACAGUGACAUCCAGCUUGAAUAAAUGGCAGAGGAAGAAGCUCUGCUCAUUAUUAAACCAUGCCAACCUCAGCCUGCUGUUUAAAGCCAGUGUGCAUGGAUUCAAUGCCACUACAUUUCACCAAAAAUGUAAUACUCAGGGGCCAACGGUUAUAGUAGCUUACAAUAAGUCUGGAUAUGUUUUUGGAGCUUUCACUAGCAAAAGUUAUGCACAGACCGGACAAAAUGUUGUGGAUAGCAAAGCUUUUCUCUUCAGCUUUAAUGACAAAGAAAUGAAGGAAGAUCCUCUGCGUGUGGUCACUGCAAAUCCCCAGUAUUCUUUCACCGACAAUGGUCCAAACUUCAACUCUUUAGUGUUUCUUUACAAUAACUCAGCCACUGUCUCCAGUAAUCCAGGAACAUAUCAAUUUGAUCCACAGAAGAUGCAUGGGAAUGACUUACAGCUGACAGAAUGUGAGGUGUAUAGAGUGGAAGAUUGUGAAGGACUCAUGGAGAAACCAUGGAGAAAUGUGCAGUGGAAUUCUGAGAGGAGGCAGGCUCUAUUGAGCACCAUCUCUGGCUGGAAGCCUUCUGUUAGCUCAGUCAAACAGGCUCGGUUUCUACUGGUAGGUCCUGUAGGAGCUGGAAAAUCGAGUUUCUUCAACUCCAUCAACUCUGCAUUCAAGGGUUAUGUGAGCAUGCAGGCUAACACUGGCACUGCUGGCACCAGUUUGACUACUCAGUUUCGUACCUACUACAUAAAGCCAAGCAACAAUGUUACCCAUAUUCCCUUCAUUUUGUGUGACACAAUGGGUCUGGAGGAUGGUGUGAACACUGGUCUGGAUGUAGAUGAUUUUGCCACAAUUUUGAAGGGUCACAUUCAAGACAAGUAUCAGUUUAACCCAAUGAUGCCUAUACAGCCUGACUCCCCUCAUUUCCAUAAAUCUCCUGGCUUGAAGGACAAGAUUCACUGUGUGGUGUAUGUGAUUGACAUCAGCAAAGUCAAGCUCCUCUCUGACAAAACGAUUGAGAAGUUUGUGGUUUUUCGAAAGAAAGCCAACCAGCUAGGUGUUCCUCAGCUGGUUCUGCUGACUAAGGUGGAUGAGGCCUGCCCCUUAGUGGCAGAAGACCUGAAAAAUGUCUACCAGAGCCACUAUAUCAACCAAAUGAUGCAAGAGAUUAGCUCUCAGCUUGGAGUUUCUCUGUCUGCUGUGGUCCCAGUGAAAAACUACUAUCAAGAACUGGAAAUAGACCCUCAAACUGACAUACUGCUUCUAAAUGCUGUGGUUCAGAUGCUCAGAGCUGCUGAGGGCUAUUUUGAUGAUUUUUACAAUCCAGAAGAGAGGUCUGAGUAAAACCAUUUACCCUGUCUGACCAAAAGAUUUUGAAUAUAAUCAGUACACUGAAAAAAAUGGCGUAGAAACAAUUUUUUGCCAUUAACAUAAACAAACAUAAACAAACAAACAAACAAACAAACAAACAAACAAACAAACACAGUAACACACUGAAUUACACUAAACAUUAAAUUUUCAAGUAGAAACACUAAAAUAUUUUUGCACAACAUAAAAAUCAUAUUCUCUUUGUUUACACACAUAUUCACAUUUGACAAUCUCAUCUCUUUAAACAGAAUCAGAACAACACAUAUCUUCAUGUUAAGAAGCUUUACAAACUGUCUUUGUAAACAGUAAAUUGUGCAGCUGUAAUUGGUGAGGUUUAUUUGCAACUCUAUCUUGUCUUAUUAAAUGCUGAGAUGAUAAAAUUGUGCCUUCAGUCAGUGUAUAAUAUAUUAAAAAUAAUUAUGCUUAUGUUAAUUAAGUCUCUUCCUACACUAAUUCAUUCUAUCAGCAAGUGUGACUGUGAUUGUUCAUUUUGUUACUGUAAGAAUCAUUCAAAGCUAAUAAAAAUAGAGGCUAUUUAGUGGAAUUAGAAUAUUUUAUAUUUAAAAAAGUGCAGUUUUUGCCUCUGGCAUUAUAUUUGCAGUGUGACACAAGUAA